AUGGCAUCUGUGGUCUGACGAGAGGACAGGCAUGUAAACGCACCGCGAAUUGUUGAGCCAUUUCCUACACUGGAUUCGUAACUAAAGGAACAAGCGGAGUAGUGAAGCAGAGAAGACUGAGAACUGAUCAACUGGAACAUGACGCCUCCCAAACCCCCCAGGACGAAGUACACCACCCGGUCUGCCAUCAUCAGCUCCUAUGAAGUCGUGCAGCCAACCUACGAAGACCCGGAUGCACCAACGCCUGCUGUCACAGUUGAAAAGCAGACAGAGGUUAAAGUCAAGCCUGUACCUCGUCCGCGAUCUAAAACACUACCAACGUCCCAGUUAACCAACAACAGCAUCACUGACGACUCUGCAGACACAACCAGCAAUACAUCCGAUGAGGUGAGUCCCCAGCCCAAUGGAUAUCCUCAAGACUACAAGACGCCUCGCCCUGUCCGUCCUCCUCCCAGACCACCACUGAGCAAAUGUAUGACCCUCAGUAAACCCACAGCAGCAGUCGACGGAGGCAAUCACUACAUAACUUCAAUUCCUGAGCCAACUCCUCCAGCUGUCAGUGCUGAGAAGACACAGUCUGCUCCUGGAUGGCGGCCUGAACGCCCCCCUCUGCCCUCCGUCUAUUACGAUUCACCACGUUGUACAAUGAAGUUAAAACCUGAGAGCGACACUGAUGAGAGUCAGCCAUCCAAAUGUUCCUACGUCAGCUCUACGCAGCAACCCCCAGUCUCAGCAGAUGUCUCUGAAGAAGAGGGGAACCUCUUCGGGAUUUACAGAGCAAUGCCCACCGACAGACCUGUAGUUCCACCCCGACUCUGUCAGUCCACCCUCCCCUACUCGCCUCCUGAGGGGAGACCACCGCGUCCACCUUCAUUCACCCCACCAGCCCCACCUUCAACAGGGACACUAUCAGAGGCAUUGUACAGUGAGAUAGAGCACCGUCCCUACCUGGACGUUCUGCCAGAGGACGGAGAUCAGAUGACACUAGGGACUCCAUCACUCCGUUACCAGACUGGCUGUUACUCUUCUCGCCAACAGACCAUGGAGGACUCAGAGGACAUCAUCGGGAUGUUGAGAUGGUUGAAAAAAGUGUCAAAACCUGAUUACAUGACUCCACCUGUAUAUGGCCUCAGUAUAGACGAGGAAAUCAGGUCAUUUAAUCAGAGAGCCAUAACUGUGAAAAAGGCCCUGCGUCUCUACAACCGCCUCAUGAUGAAACACAACGAAAGCUUGCGAAACAUCAUCACAGAGUUCAACUGCAUUGCCAACAACCUGGACAAGUUAAAGAAGAAGACCAAAACCAUGGACAUUGCUGGCGGCACGACAGGAGCUGUUGGAGGGAUGACUGCAGUUUUGGGUAUCGCCUUGGCUCCUGUGACCUUUGGUACCUCGCUGAUCGCUACAGCUGUUGGCGCUGGUAUGGUGGCGUCCGCUGGGGGCAUCGGCGCCCACACUGCAAAGACCAAAAAGAACAUGGUGAACAGGAUGGCAGUUGAGAAACUCGUAUACGACUAUAAGGGUUGUAUUGUUGACCCGGAGCACUGUCUGGAUUUUAUCCUGUCUGGGAUGAAUGAGCUGCGGCGGCACGACAUUGCCAGGAUACAGAGAGCGGGGGCGCAGCCGGAUGCAGUGAAGAUGGCACAUCUGUCGCAGUCUGUGUUUAGAACAACCAUGAGCAAUGAUAGGCGGACUCCUGUUGCACACGGAGCUGGGAUGGCAUCUGAGAGACUGCUCAUGGCUUUUAUCAAGGAAAUGGAUCAGUAUUUUUCAGAGAAGGAUGACCAGCAGCUGAAGAAGUCGAAUAAGAGCAGGUUUUCUGGUAGAAUUCGCUUGCUGGCGAAAAAUCUGCAGGAUGAGCUGGAUCACCUAAAUCAUAUGUGGGAACUGUUCGGUUGAACUUUUGGUGGUUUGAGUGUGUUUGUAUGUGACAGUGUGUCUGUGUGUGUGUGUGAAUGAGAGAAAGAAAUAUGUUUAACAAUGUCUUAACUGAAGAUCAAAUACUUUAUUUACCUCUUAUAUUUUAAUAAACAUUUUAUAUUUGUAAAACCGAGGCUAAUGUGCAAUUUAUUAAAGCCAGUAUUUAAAGACAUACUA